GCACUGUUAAUGGCAGUGCCCUGGCAUGAACACAGUCGGGAGCCAUAGAAGCAGUCUACGUGGUCCUGCUCUUAAGAGAAAUUUAUAUAUAUAUAUAUAUAUAUAUAUAUAUAAUACAAGGUGAAAGAGAUGGAGGAGAGUCGAGAAACUUAUAUGAUGUGUGAGAGAGAGGAAAAAGGCAAAAGGAAUGUGGUCGGUGUGGAAAGGAAGAAGAGGAGGGCUUCUUGGGUAGUUUGAAAAAUUGAUGGGCAACAAGAAGAAGAGGAGAGAGGAGGGGGAGGAAAAAAAGGGGGAUUUGGGGGCCGGAAAGCAGGAGCCUGGUUUUUGUAUAAAGUUGAAAAAAGGGAUUUUGGUAGGGGAAAGAGGGGGCCCCUGCACUCCAGUGCUCCCAUGGAAAAUGAUUCCCCUUUGUGCAUGUGCUCCCACCACCACAACUACUGCUACUUAUAAGUCCAAUGACAAAGAAGCAGCAAUAGAGGCGCCCAACUUGUCAGCUAGAAAGCUUGGUGCUAUCCUUUGGGAGCUUCAGGUUCAGGAGGAGUACAGGACAAAAAUGAAGAAAGGUGGCUUGUUGAGGCCUCAUUCCUACUCUUACCAAAGCAAAGACAAGGAGAAAGACAACAACAGCAAGGCCCUAGAGGACCAUCACCACCACCACCACCAUCUCGCCGAUCCUCGUCAUAUCCGCACUUUUGAAGAUCAAGAGCCAGCAAGUGUCAGUAGUUUAAGGAGGCAAGUUGCAGCGUCUUUGAUACAUCACCAUAAAUCAUUGGAGAGGAAUGGCCGGGCUUUGCAGCCAUUAUCACCUGCUAGUUGCAGCUCAAUGGAGGUGGCUACUUAUAACCAGGUGAUCACUCCUACUAGUUCUGUAGACUUGAAGCUAAGGCCUGGUGAAGCAGGUUAUAGCCUCAAAACUUCUACAGAGUUGUUGAAGGUAUUGAACAGGAUUUGGAGUCUCGAAGAACAGCAUGUUUCCAAUGUAUCAUUGGUGAAGGCUUUGAAGCUUGAGCUAGACCAUGCGAGGGUUCGUAUUCAAGAGCUGAUGCAAGAGCAGCAAGCUGACCGGCAUGAAAUAGAUGAUCUGAUGAAGCAGGUUGCUGAGGAUAAGCAUCUGAGGAAGACCAAGGAGCAAGACAGAAUAAGAGCUGCAGUUCAAUCUGUGAGAGACGAGCUCGAAGAUGAGAGAAAGCUCAGGCGGAGGUCUGAGAGCUUGCAUCGAAAGCUAGCUAAAGAAUUGGGUGAAGUAAAGUCGGCAUUUUCAAAAGUGUUCGAAGAACUGGGCUGGGAAAGGAAAACUCGUGUCUUGUUAGAAGAUCUCUGUGACGAGUUAGCGAAAAGAAUUGGAGAAUACGAAGUGGAAGUAAGGGGGUCAAAACAUGGGUCUGAGAUAGAUAGGGAUGAGACAGAGGUCUGUUUGGUUGUCCAUAUUGCUAAAGCAUGGGUGGAUGAAAGGGUGCAGAUGAAGCUAGCAAAUUCCCGUCACAGAUCAGGGGAAAAGAACUUGAUAACUGAUAGACUAAGGUGUGAAAUUGAGAGCUUUCUUCAGGUCAAGCAAUCUCAUUAUAAUAGCAUGAACAGUAAUGGCAAGUCUCGCCGUAGAUCCCUUGAAUCCAUACACUUGAAUGGGGCCACGAGUGCCCCUCAAGAUGCAGCAGAGGAAGAUUCUGUGGAUAGUGAUUUGCGCCUUUGCUUUGAGCUAAACAAGAAUGCUACUGAUAGUGGUGUUCAAGCCAACUUACAAGGUUUCCAAAAUAUUGAACCCUUAGAAGAAAGGGGAAGAUUGAAGUCUGCAAAGCCAAAAAGUGGAUCUGGAGAAAAGAUAAGAUAUCGCAAUGUAUCCAGAUUGCAAGUACAAUUUGACAAGGUGGACAGUGCCCAGCCAUGUGAUGAAGACAGGCUUCAUGCUGAUUUAAUAGCUGUGGUUGAGGGUGAUAAAGCAAACCAGAAUUCCAAUUUUGACAUUUCCCAGACUUCUGAUAUAUGUGACGCACAAGAAGGUGGCAACAACAGGAAAGGUAGAAGGGAUAACACCCAAGGAUCAAUUACAUUCAAUUGCAUUGAUAAUCUCAUCGGAAACCAAAAGCUCUUUUCUGAAGGAAAUAAAACUCAACCUGAAACUGUUCUCACGGAGGACUCUUGUGGCCAUUCUUCAUGGAUGGGGAGUUUGGGUGUUGGCAGAAAGGACAUUUCAGUUGGCGAAGGGUCAGUUCAGCAAUGGAGGACUCGCCAGACUUCUCCAGAUCUCCAGUUUACAGAAAGGUCUUCGAGAUGGGUACAGGGCACAAGGGAAAAUACCUUGAAAGCUAAACUAAUGGAAGCAAGGUUGGAGGGACAACAGGCUCGCUUAAGAACCUUAAAAGCAAGCUUCUCUUCUCUUUCAUGCACUAUCCUGGCAAGCUCUUUCACAACAAGUCUCUCUAGGGAAGCAACAAAAUUGGGCCUGCAAGUCUAUACAAAUUUGAACCUACAACUUUUGCGAAGCCAUCAAGAACCCAAAUUGGAGAAGAGCAAUGGAGGAAGAAGUCCAAGAUCUUGAGAGAAGGGUAUCCGGGACAAAAAGGAUCUCCUCUUUGGAUAGAAGGCAAUAUGCCACCAAUGGGUCUUCAAGCUGAGGUUUAAGCCUGAUGGAAGCAUUGAAUGGUACAUGGCCCUACUUGUAUACAAAGGUUUCACCCUGAAGUUUGAAAUUGAUUAUCAGGUUUUGUAUCAGUUGCUAAGGUGGGAGCUGUUCCGGUUCUUCUUUCGGUAGCUACCUAUAUGCAGAGGUUGAUCUCUCUUUGAACUAGAUGUCAAAAAUGCUUUCCUUCAUGGAGACUUAGAAGAGGAAGCAUAUCUUGAAUUUGUGUGGCCUUUCAAGGCCUUGACACCAUGUUUCUCAAUGAGUUUUUAACUUUGGUGGGAGUAUGGAUCCAAAUACGAUCCUUCUGACUGGCCGGGUCUGUGGUCUGGGAUCCAAGAACGAUGUUUAUAGAUUCAUAAAACUUCAGACAUUUUAGAAAUAGCCCGGAUUGUAGCCUUGUGGAUUGAGGGUAAUCCCUCAGUCGAGAUUGCCGUGUAUUGGCCCCAUGGUUGUAACAUAGCCAGCACAUUUGUGCACUUCCUGUUGACCCUUUGUGGACUUUUUGUGGCUAUAUGUGGACUUUUUGUGAUU